AUGGCAAAAAAUAUUGGCGAUGCGAUCGUAUUGAUCUUAUACAUUGGCAUGCAUUAUGGCUAUAUGCUCUCUAGUAAUUACAUGGGUCAAAAAAUAAUAGAUUAUAGCAACGGUAUAUUUAAGAAGAUAUGCAACACUCGGUGGUAUGAGGCUCCCCUGAACAUACAAAAAUGCCUCAUGAUAAUUACAUACCGAAGUAUAAAGACUUGCAGAAUAACAAUUUGCUUUGGUCUAUUCUUGCCGUCUUUGGAAGGCUUCGCUAAGCUUACCAGCACGUCAUUAUCAUACUUUAUGGUCAUUUAUUCUGUAAACAGAUAA